UUUUCAAAAUUUUAAAUUAAAUAAAGUUUUUUAUAAAAAAUAAUUUCUUCUAAAUUUAUAGUAAAUAACAAAAUAAAGCAAAAUGUAUAAAAAAUUUGUAUCACUUACUUCAAAUCAAAGCCCUUCUAAAAAUCCGUAUGAGAUUCGCACAUACAUGGGUGAAAGCCUUAAAACGCCACAACCGGAAUGGUACGCCGGAAACUGCAUUUAUCAGCGUGAUUGUGAUGUUCCGCAAAAUUCGACUUUAGCUAAAGUUUUAACACUACAUGACGAAAUUCGUAAAAUUCACCAAAGAACUCAAGACAACAUUUUUUUAAGGCCAUUUUGUAAGAAGUGCAAAUAUGAGGAUUGUUUCACGACCUGUGUUAUUCCGCAGAGAAGACCCGAUCAGUUAAAGCAGCACGCCAUAAUGUGUGAAAAUUGUCUUAAAAUUAAACAUGAAAUGAGCGAACGUGCUCGCAAUAUCGACUAUAUGUAUUCCGAUCAUAAAAGUUUAAUUCGAUUAAAAGAUCCGGAAGUACAAGAAGAAGACGAAGAAGUUGUUGAAUCUGAAGGCGUUCUACCCGAGCUUGCUAGUCCAGAGUGUAGUAGAGAAUAUAUUUAUGUGCCACCGACUAAUUUGCUAGAAAUUAAACGUCCUAAAAGCGGUUUAUUUAUCAAUGAAACUGAACGACCACCAUUUUCACCCAGUGAUGGCAUACCCUACAGUACUUACAAUCCGAGAGUAUUACAGGAACAAUUCGACGCUCAAGGUCUUAACAAAAUUGAUUUGAUUCCUGGCAAGAAUGUCGAAGAUUUAUGGACUUGGAAUGUUGGUUUACAAAAGAAUGAAAGUGAAUUGGAUCGAAUUUUUAUUGAGGCAGCUGUGCCAAAAUUUGAAUGUAACAAUCAAGAAUUAUAUGCUUACCGAAUACCCAAGGAUUUAGAUAAAACAUUUUCGGCUCGUAUAAUAUUAGGCACGAAAGCUGUACAACCGCAACCAUUACCGCGAAAGAAACCUCGCUACCAGAGACCCCUAGAAAUGGCUUGCCUUUACAUUGCAUUUGUUGAGGGUUUUCGUUUGAAUGUUGACUUUUGGAAUGCCGAAACUAUGGAUAAUAUUAUAAAAAUGUCUGAAAAACUUAUAGAAAAAUGUGUUAAAAUGAAUUACAAAUCUCCAGACAAUGACUACGAUAUAAUUCCUCAAGUUUUGGAAAGACAGGCGUCUUUAAAUAUAAAAACACAUUUUGCAGGACCUUUGAAAAGUGAACCUAAUAUCUAUAAAGCUCUGAGUAUAUACUUCUCGAAAUAUAACACCUGCCUAUUGUGUUCCAGCAAAUUGUAUUUAUUGAUAUGGAAGAGAUGCAAGAAUUUAUUUUACGUUUAUGAUCCUAAUGGAAGAAGUGAGAAUUGUACUCGCGACUUUGAAAAUGGCAAAAGUGCUUUAUUGUCCACAAACUUUAUCGAGCAUUUAGUUCAUUUUAUAGUGAAUAUAAGCCAGACCAAUUUGGAGGAUGAUUUCAAACUAUAUGAGAUUUUCCUGAUGAGUUAUGGCAAAAUUAUAGAUCCUUUGCCCAAUAAACCUUUUCCCAAAACGAGUCAUAAACAGUGGGCAGUGGUAAAUGAGUCGUAUGCUGUAAUACCGGGCUGUAAUAAUGGUUUAAGUCAGCCCACUACAGCGGCACUAGAUAACCCCUCCAUGUUGAUAUCGGUAAUGGCCAUUCUUUAUAAUCAUAUAGAACAUGCUAAUAGCUGGAAACCAGAUCAAGUAGAUGAACUCAUAAGACUAGGUACCGCCUACUACAAAAGCCUUAGAAGAAAAUUAAAGUUAAAGGAUGCCCAACAUGUUACCAUAAGUGAUUUACCAGAUAAAUAUGUCUUAGGUACUUUUAAGGCUUCUCUCAAAAAGUUCCCGUUUAUGUACACUGGUACCGUGACAGAUUUUUGCACGAAAUUUGUGGAUUCCCUAUUGACCAGCAGCAUUCAGGAAUUGUUCGACAAUAAUUGGGAAGCAGCUCUACUGCAAAUCGAUAAUUCUGUUUUGGGUUUAUGGCGAGAUAGUGAAUUGUUUUACGUCUACGAUCCCUUUAGGAGAGGUAAAGCUGGUCAAGUGUUAGAUCCAGAAGAUUAUAGAACUCAGGGAGCUGCUAUACUACAAAUUCAUGCAAAUAUUGAGUCCUUCUUAAGGAUCGUGUAUGGAAAAACUUUACAAAUGCGUAGAGGUGGUAAAUUUUUCAUUCAUGCUAUCAGUGUGGGCUGCAUUAAACCCAUUAUGGAUGGUAAGCCAAGAAAGCUAAGAUAUCCCAAGUUAAAGCUAACUCCAGAGACAUAUGCACAAUUAAUCGAAAAACUGCCGGAGCAAGGACAAGGCGAUAUACCAGAUGAAGGUGUUCAAUCCAAAAAAGAGAAGAACAAGAAAAAUAAAAAGGACAAAAAAUAUAAAGACAAGAAAAAUAAAAUUGAAAAGGUGUGCAGCAUUGAGUCUUUAAACGAAAAGGAACGUGUAAUUUUCAUUACAAAUUCGGAAAUAGUUGAACCCAUGUUACAAGACAUAAUAUGCGAUAUAAUUGAUCAAUUUUCUGAAACCAUACUAGGUCGUCCUAAAUUAUACAAAUCAGCUGGUCGUGUUCUAUUGCGUUCUGAUAAAGAAUAUUUGGAAAAUCUGAAGUAUCUCGUUACACACGAUCAAGAUUGUGAUAAUAUGGAAAUGUCUUUUAAAACGGAACAAGAACCUAAUACUCCACUCAUUUCAUUGGAAGAAGAACUGCAAUUGCCUAGUAAUUUCCAGUCUUUGCCUGAUGGUACUUGGAUUAUUUUCGGCAGCCAACUUCUGCAUCGAAUGGAUGACGAGCAAUUUAAACUUAAGGGUCUUCUGUCAAGCAUCGUAUGUGCUGCGCUUUCGGCCAAAUAUAAAAUUUCAACAUGGUCUACCAAACUAAUAGAUUACGCUAUUGAAUCAGUAGAUGACUUUGGUGAGGAGUUUCAAUCAUACCAAUAUGUUUUGGGAGCUUUAUUACAUAGAAACAUACCUCAACUAUUGCUGGGUGAUAGAACCUAUACAGUGAAUGUUCAAAAAAUCCUAAGAUCAGAUAUACAAAAAUCUCUAAGGCAAGUGCUCAUAGAGACGUUGAUUGAUUUUAAUCGCCUGUUGGUGGUUUGUCAACGAUAUUGUUGUCUGAUUGUCAAGAGAUACAAUUUUCUCUACAUGUUUUCUGGUUUUCCCGUAAAUGCUGUUGGUUAUAGAAAACAUUCCACAGGACCUGGUUGUAUAAUGCGUUUCGUUGAAUUGGAUUCUUUAAUUAGACGCAUAGAAUUUGGUUGCAAUCCUCAAGGCUGUGGUAUUACUAAUUAUGUAGUUAUACCAGUGAAGGUAUGGGAUAUAACUCCAGAACCUAUGGGCCGCUAUAGAACGUGGCCGACUAAAAUUGAAGAACAAAUGUAUAACAAAGCAUUAGAGGAGAAAUCAAGGAUUGAAGAGAGUAAGAAAUCAAAAAUGCGUUUUCUCAAUGACGAGUUGAACAAAGAAAAUCGGCGUAUUAAAGACUUCCAGGCAGAACGAGAUCGAGAAUUAAGACACAAAAAUAUAUCUUUAAAAAUAAAGAGUUCUGAAGGAACAAAAAUAAGCGAAUGGAGAGCUAUGGACAAUAUCGAUUCAGAAGAAGAAGAAGAAUUCCUCGACGAAGAAGAUGCUGAGGAGGAAUGUAUAGUUGAAAUCAAACACGAAUUUGGCACAGAGUUGGACACCGCACGAGAUGAAGAAUAUCAAAAACUGCGACCCAUACUCUACGGCUACAGACUGCGGGAAAAGGAUUUGUUGUAUAAAAUACAAGGAAGUAAAGCUUUAGAGAAUAGAUCGAAUUGUAUAUAUCAUGAAAUAAAAGCCUGCUUAUUUUCGAGUGCUUUGGCCAUUUUGUAUGCCAUUCUAAAGCCUCUGCAUGAAUGGACUUCUUAUCGGAUUGACCAAGUUAUUGAUUCUACUUUAAUACUUAGCGAUACAAUAGUUGAUAUGUCGAAUGCCCAAGAGAAAAUUAUGAAAAAUAUAUCUGUUGAUGACUAUAUUUUUGAUAUAUUGUUAAAAGUUUAUGAACCCCUUGGUUUAAUCGGAAAUCUGGAAAAACAACUGGAGCGGGCGUUGUGUCAGAAUAAAUAUUUACUCUUUCAGACUGCUAACUGUUCUUAUGCAUUAAGCAAAGAUGAAUAUUAUCAUUUAUUUGAUUCUUAUCCAAGCAUGGAAAUAAUGAACAGUGCAGAAGAAGAUCUAGCAGAUGAAGAAGAGACAAAUGAUCAGAAACGAAAAUAUUCUAAAUCUAUUAAACGUUACGGAGAACGAAACACUGCCUCUUGGGUCCUGUUUGCCGAUAUAAAGUCUCUUAUGAAGUACAUGGACCAAAGAGCCUGCAAUAUGACGUGGAAGGAAGACCUAGAAUAUAAAUUCAUAGCAAUGGAAAUAAUUUCUUUCAAAAAAGCCCCACAAAGUACAUUUGUCCUGCAAUUACUCACAGGUAUGCAGUCUUGUAAUAUGCAGGAUGAACAAGAAACGUCCAUCUGUGCUCAUAAUGAGUCCAUAGCUUGGUUAGAGCACUGUAUACCUAUUUGGAGUAGAUUAAAUCGAAGAAACGCUGCUGGACGUUACCGUGGUAUGACUGUAACGAAAUUGAAAAAAUACGACAUCGAAAUUGAUCAACGUCUUUGGUCCUUAUGGGGUAAUUUACAUCCUCAGGCUCCUGUUUUCGAGGUUUCCACAAGAGGCAAACAAUAUCUGGCAUGCUGUGUCAUGUCCUUGUGUGCCGCCUACCUUUACCGGCUGGUCGAUUGGAGUCCCCAACUUUUAGACUCGAUAAUCGUCAAUGGUGAUUGUUAUAUGCACCAGAGUAUACAAGAUAUUAAAUGUGAAGAUUAUCAGUUUGCUUUGGAAAAUCUUGAGGUUGAAUGCCUGCUGGACAGUGUAAAAUUUGACGUUCACAUUGAAAUGGUAGCAUACGGCAAGCUUUACAGUCGGCCCAAUUAUAACCGUAUGAAUUUAGCCGAAGCUCUAAUAUAUUUCUUUAAACAUUUCCAAUUUGGCAUACUGCAGUCUUUUAAGAAAUGCUUAGCUAUUGGCUAUAUGUCUGGUCGUGAUGGUGGUUAUUUUAUGUUUGAUUGUCAAAGUCAUGAUCAUCCACUGUUUCCCAAGGGUCAAGGUGCCUCGUACAUAUUACGAACAAAGUAUUUGCAAAUUUUACUGUAUUGUAUCGUCGUUACCCUUAAUAUUCCCUACUAUAAUGUUCAAUUCACUUUGCACAAAGUUGACUUGGUAGUUAAGGAUCAGGAAGACGAUCAAGGAGAUGAAUAAAUGUUUGCUUUUAUAAGUUUUAAAGAUUUGAAUAAACAUUUAAUUAAAAAUUCGAAAGCAUUGUAAAUCUGAAGAAAAGUUCUUGCUGAUUUCGAAUUGGAGUUAUUAUUGAGAACUCUACUUAUGGUUUAGAAUUAAAAAUAAAUCAUUGAAUCUGAAUUUUAACAAUUUAAAAUAACAAGUUUUAUUUAAA